UCGCUCGGUUGCUCGGUCGAAAUCGGAAUACGAAACGGGAUCAAGGAUUAUAAGCAUGUUGACCUGGACUUUAUGGUGUGGCUUAGUGUUCCUGCUGUGGUUCUACUUCCUGUGGAGUCGUCGCAGGUUUUACCUGUUUACUCUCAAGGUCCCAGGGCCACUUGGAUAUCCCCUACUGGGCAUGGCCCACUGGCUAAGCCGUCGUGAAGAUAUUCUCAAUUCGUUUGCCGUCUUUCUGGAGAAGCAUGGCCCAGUUAUAUUCUCCUGGCUUGGGCCCAUUCCCUUUAUGAUUGUCAGCGAUCCACAGGUGAUUCAGGAUAUAUUCACCUCGCCGCACUGCAUCAACAAGGGCAUAAUCUACAAGGCAGUGGACGAUGGAGCUGGAACGGGACUAUUUAGUUUGAACGAUCCCCACUGGAGCAUCCAUCGCAAGCUACUGAAUCCUGCCUUUGGCCACAAGGUUCUGCUCAGUUUUUUGCCCAUUUUUAACCGAGAGACGGCUCUUUUAAUGGAUCAACUAAAGCCUCUGGAGGAUGAUGGGGAGAAGGAUCUUAUACCUCUCCUGCAGUGCUUCACCUUGAGUGUAGCCACGCAAACCACAAUGGGCAGCGAUGCAAAGAGCGAGGAGAACUUCCGGAGCAACUCCCUCCUGGAAAGGUAUCAAUGUGCUCUGAACACCAUGGCAGACAUGUGCUUUUCCCCAUGGCUUAAUAGCCGAUUUAUACGUCAGUUGGUGGGCAAGGAAUCGGAAUACUACCAAGCCAAGACCGAGAUCCGUCAGUUUAUCAAAAAGCUCAUUCAGAAAAAGAUGGUUGCUGAUGCACAGGAAUCGUCGUUGCCUCCCAUUCAGGCCCAUGACAAGAACAUCUUCCUCAACUUGGCUACGGAUCUACUGAGACGUGGAGUGUUUAACUGGAAAAAUGUAGAGGAUGAGUCCAAUAUAAUUGUGUUUGGAGCAUUUGAGACCACGGCAAACACUGUUUACUAUACACUUAUGCUGCUGGCCAUGUUUCCGGAGUAUCAGGAGAAGGCCUUUGAGGAGAUACGUAGCCUGUUUCCAGAUACCGGAGACUUUGAGGUAACCUAUAACGAUGUCCAGCAGAUGGUGUAUCUGGAUCUGAUUCUCAAUGAGUCAAUGAGGGUGGUGCCGCCAGUUCCCGUUGUGUCCCGACAAACCUCCCAGGAACUAAAGCUGUCUAAUGGAAUAGUUAUACCUCAGGGUGUUCAAAUAGCCAUUGACAUGUUUCACAUGCACCGAAGCAAGAAAAUCUGGGGACCCGAGGCAGAGACCUUUAAUCCAGAUCAUUUCCUGCCCCAUAAUAUCCAGGAUAAGCACCCGUAUGCAUUUAUACCCUUUACCAAGGGUAUCAGGAAUUGCAUAGGUUGGAGAUACGCUUUAAUUUCUGCCAAGGUGACACUGGCCAAAUUGUUAAGAAAUUACAGGUUUAGGACAAGCUUUCCCUUUGAGGAUCUUUACUUCGUGGAGGAUAUAACACUGAAGCUGAAAGUUGUGCCACUGAUAGAGCUACAAAAACGAAUUUGAAGGGCUUUGUUACUGUUAUUAUUUUGAAUAUAAAUUUAAAUAAAACUAGAUAAGUAAAAAUAUAAACAAAAUUAG